CGCCGCGAAACGAGGCCAAAGCCGAACCAAGAAAAGGCAAGAGGUUAAGGGGUUAACGACGGGUGGUGCUAGUUUAACCACGAUUGAGUCCUCAGGACAGGAAGCUAAACGAGCCAGGAACUUGCUUGGACUUCAUUUUCCACUAAACAAGUCUCGGCAAUCCUUCAAGUGCUGAAUUUCGGCGAAAAAAGAAGACAUUUUCGGUACAGUGAAUAACCGAAGCGAUAAGUGUAAAUUGAAAUACAAAUACACUCUGUGUGCGAAAUAUGAAUGCAUACGUGCGUUGAAAUGUGAUUUUCAACUGUUUCAAUAUUCGAUGCAACUAUGCAAGUGAUAAAAAUACAACCAAUCACAUCGGACCGUUGUAACUUACCACGAUUAUGGUGACUGCAUUAUAUUUGGCAAAAGUGACAGUUCUGUGACAGCUAGCGCCGCCCGUCAGACGCAACGAGCAUCAAAAGAAAACAUCCAGUACUUUAUAGCUUUAGAGAUCUUUUUCGAAUACAAAACACAAAACAGUUUUACCACUAUUGUCGCCUCAGAUUAUUGUUCACUAAACAUUCAUCGAGAAGAUGAAUGAAGCGGAAGAGGUUCAGCUGAACCUGAAGUGGGACAACUUUUCAUCUCACUUGGCGCUUUCCUUCGACUCUUGUUACGAGUCCCAACAGUUUGUGGAUGUAUCGUUGGUAUGCAAGGAUGGGAAGGUGAUUAAAGGUCACAAAAUGAUACUGGCCAACACUAGUAAGUUUUUUCGACGUUUGUUGACUGAAAAUGAACAUCCGCACCCAAUGAUCGUCUUGCAUAACAUCGACGCAGACGAUCUCAGGAGUUUGAUGACUUUUAUGUACUGCGGGGAGGUUCAAGUAUUUCAAAACGAUCUUAAAAAACUAUUAGAAAUAGCCGAUACUCUAGAAAUCACGGGACUACAGCAAAUUCAAGAAAUUGAUAGUCCUGCUGUUCGAUUUUGCGUAAAAAAUUUACUUGGCUCAAAUGGUGAGCACGAUCGAACUGAGGCUUCUGGAAACAAUACGGACUACGAAAGUAAUCUGAAUAGUUCGGCCUGCAAGCCUGCGUCUAAUCUUCUUAAAUAUGUCUCUAGCCUUGGUCAGAAAAACAAAUCAGAAUCUUCUCUUCAACCGUUCGAAAGUUCAAGUAAAAAAUUGCAAGAGCUGGCAAAGAAGCUCGAGAAAUGUUCAAGCAGCGUCGAAAGCUGGUCGUUUUUACAGCAGGCGCAAAACAGUAAUGGAACGAGAAUACAGGAAAUACCGAGUGACUGUGAUAAAAAAAAAGUCAAAAUAUCUCAGAACAGGGAAUCGGAUGGGUUGGAAUUCAAAAGUUCCAGUCAGAAACUCCAGGAGAUGGCUAGGCUUUUAGAAAACACAAAUCACCAGCAGACGGCUAAGCUUUUAGAAGACGUAAAUCAACAGCAGAAGCUGCAAGCUGACUUGUUAGAAGCAUCCAAAGAAGCUUGGGAGGGUCAAAAGAGAUCGUUGGAUACUGACAACGUCGUCACUGAACCUCCGCCUAAAAAAUUUAAUGCGAUGUCCAAUACUCUGAAUACUUCAGAGCUAGAACCGAAAGCUGAAAUAGCCGGGCAACUAUCCACAGUGCAAGAAAGCCUUCCAGGUCGUUCAGCCGACACCGAAGAUCUUUUACAAAACUGUGUCUUUAUCAAAGAUGAAGUUGAAGUUGCCACCGAAUGCAGUACGACGUCAGAUGUUGAUCUGGAUAAUUCACCAACAGACAACUUGCUCGCAAACAACACCGAUCGUUUGGGGCCAAGCAUGCUGGCUGCAGAGCUGCUUAAGGCUGUAGCGAAUAAAAGGAAAGAUUCCAAAAAAUUAUUUACCGCAAUUAGAGAGCUGACAUUUGAAGUGCAACGUCAAAGCUACGAAAUUCAAGAACUUCGUAAUUGUCUGCAGAGUCGUGGAUUUUUGAAAAUCGACACCAUUACUGUUAGAAGUUUCGCCGAAGAGUAUGGAAUAUCUUUACAGUUACAAACAGUUGAAGAGUUCAAAGACUUCGAUCUACGAUUAAAAAAUGAUGGAGAUUUUUGUGCAAAGUUUGUAUCCACAUUGGAGCAUCUUCUUGAAAAAGAAAUACAAAAGAGUAUAACAUCAAUAUUGAAAAGCUACGUCAGUAGAGACUUGGCGACAUCCUGCACUGCAAUAAGAAGAUCAAACGAUAAGAUGAUAUUCAAAGGCACUAAAUUUAACGAUUGUCUCUUUGCCCUCAUUUGCCAAUACCAUCGCAGGGAAAGAAAUGAACCUCUAACUGAAAAAGAAUACUACCAAGCACUCUCCAGCUGUCUAAGCAACGCCAAAGACUGGCAUGGAUUUCGUUCAGCUCGUAAAAACCAGAGUGCUGCCCUUCGUCGGACAGGGAAUGGAGAUAGAGACGAUGGAAGAAUUGAUUUGGGAUGUGGUGCCAAAGUUGAUGAAUGCGGUGAUCAAGACAGUAGAAAUACUGAACAUGAUUAAGAGUAAAAUUAGAUUCUCAAGAUUGAAAAUAUAGUGAAAGUGAAAGUUAGUGAAACUCAUACUUUUAUGUUUUAUAAUACAUUUUAUUUUUUAUCAUGUUGCAACAUCACUACAUUUUAAUUCAACCAAGAUCACUGUCUGAUCAUUGAGGAAUGUCUAUUAACAAAUAUUUUAGCAUCUCUCACCCGAGAGACAAAUUACCUUGUUUACAUUUGAUUCAAUCAAAACAAGACUGGAUUAUCUUUGAUCUUACAUCACUAAUUAUAAAUGAAAAUACGAAGCAAAGAAGGUUAAUCUGAGCCUACGAUUACAAUCAAAGUAUCGAAAAGCACAUGGAAGAGAGAAAGAUUAAUCCAAUACGAGAUCGAUGAUGAAUGUACGUGGAGACUUGAUCCUAGAAAGACUAAUUUUGCUAGAAAUUAUUAUAAAAUCGAAUUGUAACUUGUAAGAAUAAUGGUACUAGUAAGUAUUCUCAGUACUAGGGUUAGAUGAUAGGCAUGUACAAAUUUUAACUAAAUACUUUUCCAAAACACACACACGUAAAAGUACAUAGUAGGUAUAUAAAUUUACGAAUAGUUUUUCUGAUUCUUGACUAAUUAUAAGUAUCAAUUAUAAUACUAUAUAUAUACAGAGGUAUAUAUACUGACUAUACGUAUAUAUUACAUAGGAUUAGUAUAUGUUCAUAAAAUCGCAAUGAAACACUCCAAUGAUCACAUUGCUUUACUCCAGAACUUAAAGGAGUAAUUUAACAAGUAUUUAUAGGUAUCAGUGAACUCAGAUUUUUCUCAACCCAAAUUAUUACCCUGUAAUAAAAUUGAAGAACAAAUCUUUGGUUCAUGUUUAUAUUGCGAACUUCUAACAAACCCGUGUAACAUAAUUAUAGACGAUUGCAUUGCGCGAAAGCCCUGUAUAAUACAACAUUUUUAUGCACAAAUAAUUGAUAAUAUGUAUAAAACUGUACAUAUUCUGUAAGAUUGUUCUGUCUUUUAAUCUGUAAUGUAUGUACAUAUAUUAUAAAUCGUGUUUCUUUUUUAAGUAAUUCUCAGUGUAUUGAUAAUCCCACAUCGUUGCUUAAUAUUGUGACUCUGGUUUGAUUAAAUGCGAUCUGAUUUUUACU